UUGGACCCUUUUGUCCUCAUUCAGAAUUUUUCUGAAAACGACCCCUCGUUUUUAUUUUAUUUUUUAAAGUUUGCUAAUACCAACAAUUCAUCUUCACACUUUUAUAUAAUUUUCAGCAUUUUACCCCUAUUUUCUAGAACUUUUUCUGCACGCGAAUCGAUUUGCGUUGUAAAACUAGAAAAAAUAAUUGGCCAUUAAUUCACCUCUAGUUUUGUUUACAAUUCGUUUGGACAAGAUUUAAAAAAUUAUUUUCCGAUUAUAAAAAUUGUUGAUAAUAUUUUUGUUGUUAUUUUGAUAAUAAAAUGAACUUUGAGGUUUUUGUGGUUCACUGAGCUUGUAUUUUUAAAAUAUUUUGUUUAUUUCUAUUUUUUAAUUUUUUUUUAAAUUUUGCCCGUUUUGGGUUCAGAAAUUACUCCAAUUUUUUUUAUUUUUCAGUUAAAAAAAUAAUUUUUUUAAAUGCCAAAUCAUCAUCAUGUUCAACGCGUCCUUUCUCACCGAAGAGCUUUUCCAUUAUUACUUUUACAUUCACAACGAUCUAAUCAACAACAUGCUCUUUUGUCUACAUUGUCUUCAUCAUCAAUUAAUUUUACAAAUCGAAGAGGACUUGAACAAAUACAAUUUCAAAACAAAAAUUCGGAAAAAAGAUGUUUUUCUUCAUUGGAGGACAAUAAAAAAGAAUUGAGUGCCAAAGAGGAAGCUCAACAACGAGAAGUCGAAAACUGCUACAAAAGGAUUGAUUUAUCGUUUGAAAAUGCAAAGGAAGCUUUCAAGAGUAAAUCCAAUCUUGAUCUUGCCCGUGCCCUUCUUGUCUUUCGCUGUUGUCAAAUCGACUGGCUAGUGCAAAAUAAUCAACGCAUUCUUCGAGUACUUCGAAAAGUACUUGGACAAGAACUGUUUAAACGCCUAUUAAAAUCAACAUUUUAUGGUCAUUUUGUGGCAGGAGAAGCUCUAGAUGAAGUUUCUUCAACGGUUUCAAAGCUUCAAAGUUUUGGUAUAAAAUCAAUUUUGGAUUACAGCGUUGAAGCAGACAUUAGCUCGGCAGAGGCUCAAGAAAAAGCUGUUGAAGGAAUUAAAGAAGAGGAGGAAACUAAAAUUCCUGAGGCUUUGGAAUUGCUAGCAGAACAAGUACACGAUCCAAACGUUCAACCUGAAGAAACACACAAACAAUUUAGCGUUUACAAAGAAUUUGGUGAUCGUCGAGAACUUGUUGUUAGUGCUCGAACUUAUUUCUAUUCUGGUGAAAGUGAAUGUGACAGAAAUGCAGAAAUGUUUUGUCGUUGUAUUGAUGCAACAUCACAAGCGACUCAGGGACAAGGAUUUAUUGCAAUUAAGUUGACAGCCCUUGGUCGUCCUCGUCUUUUCAUUCGCUUGAGUGAAGCAAUUGCUCAGAUGCAGAACCUCUUCAAAGUCAUUACUGGCUCGAGUUGGGAAAAUUUGUUUCUUUCGCAAAUUACUGAAGCUCAGUUACUGGAAAAAUUGAAUGAAUUUGGAGUUAAAACAGACAGUGUAGCAGUUCGUGAAUGGUUCAAGCAAGUAGAUUUUGAUGAUAAUGGAAUUGUUGACUUUUUUGAAUGGGGGCAGUUGUUGGAUUUGGAAGAACGUGGAGCUGUUAAACAACUUGAUAAAAUGUUUCAGAUUUUAAACAUAAAAACUGGUCGUUUGGAGCCGCUUAUCCAAAAUUUGAGCAAAACAGAAAUGAGGGAAUGUGCGAAUAUGAUGGGGCGACUGAACAAAGUUGCGGACCAUGCAUUUGAGCGUGGGAUACGUAUAAUGGUUGAUGCAGAACAAACUUAUUUUCAACCUGCUAUUUCACGUUUAACAAAUGCAUUGAUGCGACGACAUAAUCGUGAACGUGGACAAGUUCUAAACACAUACCAAGCUUAUUUACGUUCUUGUCUCUCAGAUUUGCUUAUUGACCUGAAUUUGGCGAAACGAGAAAAUUUUCAUUUUAGUUGCAAAUUGGUUAGAGGUGCUUAUAUGGAACAAGAAAGGUUAAGAGCAGCAACAGUUGGAUAUGAGGAUCCUAUUAAUCCAACUUGUGAAGCUACAUCAGAGAUGUACCAUAAAUGUUUGGCUGCAAUUGUGGAUGAAUGGCUUGAACGUGGUAGGAGUAGUGCUUCAGUAAUGGUUGCCAGCCACAAUUUGGAUAGUAUUCGUUAUGCGGUGGAGCUAUCUAAAAAGUGGAAGAUUGCACCAAGUGAACGAGUCAUCUGUUUUGGGCAGCUGUAUGGAAUGUGCGAUGUGGUGGGUUUUAGUUUUUUAAUAUAUUUUUGCGGUGAAUGA